AUGGUGGUGUUCGUUCUCACCGGCUACUGCAAUAGCACCGACGAGCCGGGCUUCACCGCCUAUCACCAGAUCUCUACAGUCAGCUCUGGUCAGUUGUACAUGCUGAAGAAGGGGCAAGUCAGAGAGUUCAUGCGCGUUGUCGAAGAGGCAAUCGAAUCGAGGAAGGUCCAGGUUCUUCAGCAAGACACUUGGGAGAACACGGCCAAGACAUACACAUUUCCGGUUGACUCACACUUGACGAAGAUCACCGUCCAAGUGACUAACUACAAGACCAAUGAUCCGAUUCUGGUGAAGAUUCGCAACCCUGAAGGAAAGCUGAUAACUGCUGCCGAAGGUCUCAAUCAGCUGAUGAAGACGGUCCCCUCGGUCUUCGUCGGUUCCAUCGAGCGCCCCAUGCCAGGAUUCUGGACUCUUGAGGUAUCAACUGAAGUAGAUAUCACCAGCGGCAAAAUGACCACCAUCGGGGGCGGUGGCAGUGGAGGAGGAGUGUCGAUUAACAUCGACGGCAGCGGAGGGUCUGCCGAGGAGGAUGAGAGCGAAAGGAUGAGCGGAAGCGGAGGUCAGAGUGCUUCUGUCUCGGGGGGAGAAGGAAAACAGUGGCACUCGGUCCGAGUUUCUGGCAUCUCAGAGGUCGACUUUGUGCAUGGCUUUGGCACUCGCCCAUUAGCCUACAACUAUGCCGCUUCUCGACAGCCAAUCAGCGGUAAGAUCCCAGACUCAUGUACCUCAAUUUAG